AUGGUAAAUAACAGCGAAAAUGUGCAAAUAGAUAAUCAAAAUAUCAAAAAGUAUAAUGAAAUGAAAGAGAAAUUAAAAAGUAUAAUGAAUGAAUGGAUUGAAGAACAAACAAAAAUAAUUGGUGAAAAUGUUGAUAAUCAAGAUUUUAUGGAUGAAAUGGAAUCUCUUUUUAAAAAAGUAAUCAAACCUUUAGGGAAUGAGUUAGUGGAAGAGAAGUUUAAUUUAGAUAAUAAUUUAGAAAAGAGAAUUAGUUUGGAGAAAACAAAAAACGAACUUGAGGAAAGUUUAAAAAAGGACAAAGAAACCAAGAAAGAAGAAUUAGACCUAGAUGAUCUACUGAAAAAACACGCCAAACUCAUUAAGAACAAUGAGCCUCAAUCAGAGAUAGAAAAAUGA